GACAGACUCGAUUAUCAAUCAAUCUUCAAAAUGUCGACGGCGGCGGUUUCCGAUCGGGCCGAGGAGAUGAAACGAUUCAACGAAAUGAAGGGCGGAGUUAAGAGUUUGGUCGACGCUGGGAUCACCGAGCUCCCGACUAUCUUCGUCCACCCGCCGGAGAUUCUAGAAACAAAGCCAAAUGGGGUCGCCGACGGCGACCUACCGACCGUCGACUUCGGAGCGAGGCGGGAGGUAGUCGUGGAGAGCAUCCGCCGGGCGGCCUCGGAGUGGGGAUUUUUCAGAAUCACGAACCAUGGAGUUCCGGCGGAGGUGAUGGACGGAGUGCUGGCGGCGGGGCGGCGGUUCCACGAGCAGCCGACGGAGGAGAAGGCGGCGCUGUAUUCGACGGACAGCCGGCAGAGUGUUCGGUUCAACAGCAACGGACACGCCCUGAAGGACGACGAUAUCGCGUGCUGGAAGGAUAUGCUGACGUGUGUCUACGCCGACGACCGGCUCGACCCGGCGGAGAUCCCGCCGGUGUGCCGGCGGGAGUUCGGCGAGUACGUGGAGCACAUGGUCCGGGUGCGGGAGACCCUGGCGGAGCUGCUGUCGGAGGCCCUGGGACUUGAGAGCCAGCAUCUGUCGAAGAUGGAGUGUAUGAAGAGCGAGGCCCUGGCAUGUAUUUACUAUCCGGUCUGCCCGGAGCCGGCGAAAACUUUCGGGAAUUCGAAGCACUCGGACGCCACGUUUCUCACAUUGCUGAUUCAGGACACGGUCGGCGGCCUCCAGGUCCUCCACGACGGCCGGUGGGUCGAUGUUGCGCCUGUCGCCGGAACACUCAUAGCCAACAUCGGUGAUCUUAUGCAGAUUAUAAGUAAUGACAAAUUUGUGAGCGUGGAGCACAAAGUGAGAGCUUCAACGGGAGGGCCAAGGGUAUCGGUGGCGUGCUUCUUCACGCCAAGCGUGAAAGCAAUGGGGAAGGCAUUCGCGCCGAUGAAGGAGCUAAUAUCGGAGGAGAAUCCAGCUCUCUAUAGAGAGUUCUUCUUCGGGGAAUACUGCCGGCAUUACAAGACAAAGGGGUAUAAUCGUCCGGCUUUCUCUCGCUACAGAAUUUGAUUUGAUUAUCGUUGCGAUGAUAUAUAUAUGUAUGUAAUAAUUGAUUUACUUAAACUCCUUUAUUUCAUUUCAUUGUUCGGAUACCUGACGUUGUUGCUGGUCGAUCAACUUCGAUUUGAGUUGAUGUAAUAUU